GGCGGGGGCGGCGGGGGUGGGGCGGGGCGGGGGAGGCUGACAUGUGAGCGGCGCGCCGGCGGCAGGUGGAAAGGCGAGCGGCAUGGAGCGCGUAAUAAGAGAGUUGGAGUCGGAAAGAGCCGCCCCAGUCGCCGGGGAAGCGGGCGGUCAGCGCGGGCUCCGUCGGCCCCCGGACUCCGAGCGCCCGCCCCCGGCCCCGGAGCGGCCCCGGCCCGACCCCUAACCCCCGCCGACCGCGCCCGCCCCGGGCCGCCCCGCCGGCCCCGGGUCCGAGCCAUGCGCCGCUGAGCGCCCCGCGCGCGCCCCCGCCCCGGAUCGGACCCGGGCCCCGGCCCCCUCCCGCCCGGCGCCGCCCAUGGCCGAGGCCCCCCCGCGCCGGCUCGGCCUGGUCCCCCCGCCCGGGGACGCCCCCCGCGCCGAGCUGGUGGCGCUCACGGCGGUGCAGAGCGAGCGGGGCGAGGCGGGCGGGGGCGGCUCCCCGCGUCGCCUGGGCCUCCUGGGCAGCCCCCUGCCGCCGGGCGCACCCCUCCCAGGACCAGGCUCGGGCUCGGGCUCCGCCUGUGGCCAGCGCUCCUCCGCCGCGCACAAGCGCUACCGCCGCCUGCAGAACUGGGUCUACAACGUGCUGGAGAGACCCCGCGGCUGGGCCUUCAUCUACCACGUCUUCAUAUUUUUGCUGGUCUUCAGCUGCCUGGUGCUGUCCGUGCUGUCCACUAUCCAGGAGCACCAGGAACUUGCCAACGAGUGUCUCCUCAUCUUAGAAUUCGUGAUGAUCGUGGUGUUUGGUCUGGAGUACAUCAUCCGCGUCUGGUCUGCUGGAUGCUGCUGCCGCUACCGAGGAUGGCAGGGCCGCUUCCGCUUUGCCAGAAAACCCUUCUGUGUCAUCGACUUCAUCGUGUUCGUGGCCUCGGUGGCCGUCAUCGCCGCGGGCACACAGGGCAACAUCUUUGCCACGUCCGCGCUGCGCAGCAUGCGCUUCCUGCAGAUCCUGCGCAUGGUGCGCAUGGACCGCCGCGGCGGCACCUGGAAGCUGCUGGGCUCGGUGGUCUACGCGCACAGCAAGGAGCUGAUCACCGCCUGGUACAUCGGGUUCCUGGUGCUCAUCUUCGCCUCUUUUCUUGUCUAUCUGGCCGAGAAGGACGCCAACUCCGACUUCUCCUCCUACGCCGACUCGCUCUGGUGGGGGACGAUUACACUGACAACCAUCGGUUACGGUGACAAGACGCCACACACGUGGCUGGGCAGGGUCCUGGCUGCUGGCUUCGCCUUACUGGGCAUCUCCUUCUUUGCCUUGCCCGCUGGCAUCCUCGGCUCUGGCUUUGCCCUGAAGGUGCAGGAGCAGCACCGACAGAAGCACUUUGAGAAGCGGAGGAUGCCAGCAGCCAACCUCAUCCAGGCUGCAUGGCGCCUCUACUCCACCGACACGAGCCGGGCCUACCUGACGGCCACCUGGUACUACUAUGACAGCAUCCUCCCGUCCUUCAGAGAGCUGGCCCUCUUGUUUGAGCACGUGCAACGGGCCCGCAACGGGGGCCUACGGCCCCUGGAGGUACGGCGGGCGCCGGUACCCGACGGAGCGCCCUCCCGUUACCCGCCCGUUGCCACCUGCCACCGGCCGGGCAGCACCUCCUUCUGCCCUGGGGAAAGCAGCCGGAUGGGCAUCAAAGACCGCAUCCGCAUGGGCAGCUCCCAGCGGCGGACGGGCCCCUCCAAGCAGCAUCUGGCACCUCCGCCAAUGCCCACUUCGCCGAGUAGCGAGCAGGUGGGUGAGGCCAGCAGUCCCACCAAGGUGCAGAAGAGCUGGAGCUUCAAUGACCGCACCCGCUUCCGGGCCUCUCUGAGACUCAAACCCCGCACCUCAGCUGAGGAGGGCCCCUCGGAGGAAGUGGCGGAGGAGAAGAGCUACCAGUGCGAGCUCACUGUGGACGACGUCAUGCCCGCUGUGAAGACGGUCAUCCGCUCCGUCAGGAUCCUGAAGUUCCUGGUAGCCAAAAGGAAAUUCAAAGAGACGCUGCGACCAUACGACGUGAAGGACGUCAUUGAACAGUACUCGGCAGGGCACCUGGACAUGCUGGGCCGGAUCAAGAGUCUGCAGGCUCGUGUGGACCAGAUUGUCGGCCGGGGCCCCGGGGACCGGAAAGCCCGCGAGAAGGGUGACAAAGGGCCCUCCGAUACGGAGGCGGUGGAUGAAAUCAGUAUAAUGGGACGUGUGGUCAAGGUGGAGAAGCAGGUGCAGUCCAUCGAGCACAAGCUGGACCUGUUGCUGGGCUUUUACUCGCGCUGCCUGCGCUCUGGCACCUCGGCCAGCCUGGGCACCGUGCAAGUGCCGCUCUUCGACCCCGACAUCACCUCCGACUACCACAGCCCUGUGGACCACGAGGACAUCUCCGUCUCCGCACAGACGCUCAGCAUCUCCCGCUCGGUCAGCACCAACAUGGACUGAGGGUCUUCUCGGGGGCGGGGCAGCACACGGCCAGCCCCUCGGCCUGGCGCUCGGACCCGCCCUCUGAGGCCUCUGGACUCCUCUCUUACUUGAACUCACUCCCUCGUGGGGAGAGAGGCCACAUGCAGUAUUGAGCUGCCUGGGUGGGCGAGAUACCCGACGUGGGUGCCAGCGACCCGCCCCACCUCAGGAGCGCGAGAUGCCAGGCCGCACGGAGGGCAGCGGCAGCGGCUGCCCGGCGGCCUCUGGGCCCCCCAGUGCCCUGCCCAUUCCUUCGAGGCCCGACAGGGCCUGCCUGGCAGAGGCACUGCCCCUGGAGUGGGAGCAGGGCGCUGGGGCCCUGACCCAGCUUCCAGCUAUGCAAGGCGAGGCCUUUGGCCCGCCCUCCGGACAGAGCAGGGAAGCCUUCCCGCCAAGACCCCGCUCCACUAGGGGGUGGGCCCACGGUGCCCACACAGGUACCCACAAGCACAGGAGCCUGCCGCCAGGCAGGUGGGCACCAUAUAUGCAAACUACGUUAAAUAUGCAACUUUGGGGACCCCCAUGGGGUCCCUCUGCCCCUCCCGCCCUGGGAGAUGGGCCCCCAGCUGUAGCUGGUCUCAGGCUGCUUGGCUGUGACCCCCAUCCCUGAUCUUUGGCUUAUCAACCCCACCUCUCCCCUCCCAGCAUGGGGCCUGUUUCUCCCUUGCCUCCCCAAGGGCAGUGCCUGGGCCUUUCUUCCCAUCUGCAGGUGUCCACUCCCAGGGGCUCCCUCUUCCUGCCAAUGUUCACUCCCGUCUGGCCCUAGACACCUCUGACAGCAUAACUGUCUGUGUUCUGCCCCCAAAUCUCCCAGACAGUGCUCCCACAGUCACACAAACAUGUCCCUACAGUUUCCCCAGACACACAGGUAGCCUCUCAACACUCACGUCGACAAACACAAUUACCUACACUUGGAGACAUCAGCAUAGAGCCACUCAGCAUUUGCUGGGUCUCUGCAGCUGAGGCCAGUGGCCUGGUCUUGCAGGGCGAUGUCCACUCCUACCAACCCCACCCAGGUAGGAGAGGGAGCUCUCACGUGACCCCAGGUCUCUCCAGGCCCCACCCCAGAGCUUUACCAGCUCCCCUUUCUCAAGAAGAUUUACUCCUCACAGGUCCAGGAGCCCUAACUGCUGCCUCUGCCUGCCCCUAAGGGCCCUCCUUGGUAUCCCCACAGCACGACUCAAGGCUAGGCCUCUUGGGGUCUGGACAGCCCUGGAAAGCCCCCAGGCCCUUCCCUGGGGUGGUUGUCAGGGCCGCUUCUAUCUAGGCUUGCCCUGCUCCUAGUUGCUCUAACUCCCAGAGAGGAGAAUAAUAUGUCAAGCAAGUACCAUUCACCAGGCACUAACUACGCAUACGGCGCUCACACACACUGUUUCCCCUCCUUCCUUACCCUCCUCUUCACUUCAGUUGGCAGCCCCCUUACCGCAUAAGCCCCCAUCCACUUCAGGCCCCCAGCACCUCUUUGGUAUCCCUACCGCUUUGUCCCUCUUCUGCAAAGCCAGUGCAGGUGGCAGGAGGGUGAUGGGGAGUGGAACAAUGGUGACCCUCUGUGGGGCACCAGGGAAUAAGGGGCUCAGGCCCAGCUGCCUGCAUCUCAUGACUGGGGACCUGCAUGCACCAGCGCCAGGGCUGGGGUUGGACCUUGCUCAGCCCCAUGGUGCCCAGCCCCUGCCCCCACAUGCCCUCUGCAUGUGACCAUCAUGCCCUGGAUGGAGCCUGUCCUGGCUCACCUCACCCGCACUACACCGUCCCCAGAGAGCCACACCUCCGCCCCCUGAGAGACAGAGCUGUGGAGAGGGGCAGGAGGCUGGGACCGCCCCAUGACCAAAGGAGACUUGGGAAGAAGCCCUCCUUCCUUCCAUGAUCGAGGUUCCCCACCAACCCGGUUCUCGGAUAUGCAAGUACCUCACUUUGUUAACUUAUUAACUUAUUGAUUUCAUUAAAGUUUUCAGUAGGA